GUCGUCAGCCGCUCCGUCUGUGACUACUUCUUCGAGGCGCAGGAGAGGGCCUCGGAGGCGGAGAACGUGCCGCCGGUGAUCCCCACGCCGCACCACUACCUCCUCAGCGUCUACCGCCACAAGAUCUUCUUCGUGGCCGUCAUCCAGAGCGAGGUGCCGCCUCUCUUCGUCAUCGAGUUCCUCCACCGCGUCGUCGAUACCUUUCAGGAUUAUUUUGGUGUCUGUUCAGAGGUGAUGAUCAAGGACAAUGUUGUGGUGGUCUAUGAGGUGCUGGAGGAGAUGCUGGAUAAUGGCUUUCCAUUGGCAACAGAGUCUAAUAUUCUUAAGGAACUGAUAAAGCCUCCCACUAUCCUGCGAACAGUUGUCAACACCAUCACAGGAAGCACUAAUGUGGGUGACCAGCUUCCUACCGGACAGCUAUCUGUGGUGCCUUGGAGACGUACUGGUGUAAAAUAUACCAACAAUGAGGCGUAUUUUGACGUGAUUGAGGAGAUAGAUGCAAUCAUUGACAAAUCGGGUUCUACGAUUACUGCUGAAAUCCAAGGGGUGAUUGAUGCUUGUGUCAAGCUGACUGGGAUGCCAGACCUUACCCUCUCCUUUAUGAACCCUCGAUUAUUGGACGAUGUCAGCUUUCAUCCAUGUGUGCGUUUUAAGCGCUGGGAGUCAGAGAGAAUACUCUCCUUCAUUCCACCUGAUGGAAAUUUUCGCUUGCUCUCCUACCACGUCAGCGCUCAGAAUCUUGUGGCAAUUCCUGUCUACGUUAAACACAACAUCAGUUUCCGUGAUAGCAGCUCGCUGGGACGUUUUGAGAUCACAGUGGGGCCAAAGCAGACUAUGGGGAAGACCGUAGAGGGAGUGAUGGUCACUAGCCAGAUGCCAAAAGGUGUCUUAAAUAUGACCCUCACGCCCUCUCAGGGAACACAUAUCUUCGAUCCAGUUACAAAGUUGCUGUCGUGGGAUGUGGGGAAAAUAAACCCCCAGAAGCUGCCAAGCCUGAAGGGGAGCGUGAGCCUGCAAGCUGGGACAUCAAAACCAGAUGAAAACCCCACCAUUAACCUGCAGUUUAAAAUUCAGCAGCUGGCUAUAUCUGGACUGAAGGUGAAUCGCUUGGACAUGUAUGGGGAGAAGUACAAGCCCUUCAAGGGGAUAAAAUACAUGACUAAGGCUGGCAAGUUCCAAGUCCGAACCUAGAGGAUCCUGAUAGUGAGGAAGAGCACUUUCCUGUUUCUCCUGUCCCUGGCUGUUGGAUGAGCCUCUUACCCCAUCCAUCUGUUUAGGGUUGCUCCCUUGCCUGUAGUAGCAUGAGCAGGAGAGCCAGUGCUUAGGGUGCUGGGGAGCAGGGAAAAGUAAGGUUGACCUGAAACCAUCUCAUCCCUGGCUGAGCCUGAAGUAUUUGGAACAAUGGCAGAUGGGAGAGGUGUUCAGGUCCCUUGGGAUUAGUGAGUCAGCUAUGUAAGCUUGUAUCACCUUCAUUUUGCUGUCUUAAAGGAAAUUCUAGGG